AUGUCGCAGGUCUUCUUCGACGUUGAGUACACCCCUAUCGGCGCUGCCCCCAAGGUUGGCCGUAUUGUCUUCAACCUCUACGAUAAGGAUGUCCCGAAGACCGCCAAGAACUUCCGUGAGCUCUGCAAGAAACCUGCUGGCGAAGGCUACAAGGAAUCUACCUUCCACCGCAUCAUUCCCAACUUCAUGCUCCAGGGUGGUGACUUCACCCGUCACAAUGGCACUGGUGGUCGCUCUAUCUACGGCGAGAAGUUUGCCGAUGAGAACUUCAUCCGCAAGCACGACAAGGAGGGUGUCCUCUCUAUGGCCAACGCUGGUCCUAACACCAACGGCUCUCAGUUCUUCAUCACCACGGCUGUGACUUCCUGGCUCGACGGCAAGCACGUCGUCUUUGGUGAAGUUGCGGACAAGGAUUCAUACAGCAUCGUCAAGGAGAUCGAGGCUCUCGGAAGCAAGAGCGGUUCUGUCCGUUCCAACACUCGUCCCAAGAUCGUCGACUGUGGUGAGCUGUAA